AUGCCCAUUGGUUUUCCAGUUACUGAAAGUCAAGGUACCAAUGGUUUGUCCGGCCACAGGAGGUGUCCGACGGCGGCGCGACUAGACGAUGAGUUCACAUACGCCAAGAAGCUGAAGAAAACCACGGCCGAGGCCUCGCAGCAAUUGACGGUGGUCAAGAAGCGACCUAUUGGCUUCUUGGAUUUACCUGCAGAGCUCCGCAACCGGGUCUACGACUACGCGGUCGAGAGCGAACCCUUCAACACCGAUCUCGUCCCUUUGCUCACAUACCGGCCAAUGACGCAGAAUACAUGGUCCACCAAGCAUCUAGCUCGUUCCACGCGCAAACACUUUGGGCUCACUCAAGUCUGCAAGCGAGUACGAAUUGAGUACCUUCCGCUGUGGAAGUGCAAUGUGUGGCUGAAAAUCUCGUACCACGAUUUCUACUCUUUCGUCGACACUUUCUAUGCGCAACACGAAGAAGAUACUCCAGCUCCAAAGUGGCUACAGAUAGUAUCCGAUCACGGAGGCGGCUUGGACGACCUCCCGAAACCUCGUGUAGAUCUCUUGCGGUUUCUGAGAUUCGGCAUCCGCUUUUCCGCCACGGAGAUCGAAUUCAUUCCCCGCGGUCAUGCCGAGUUGUACAAGCCGGAGCGGGGUCCUGACUAUCGCUUGGGAGAAUGCCCAAAUUGCUGGGAAGAAGGCGAUGGGAUCACGCGACACUCUGGCAACGCUUGGGCCGAGCACCGUCACUUGCAUACAGCGUGGGAGUUCCUCAGACACAACAACGCCGACUGGCUCGCGGAUAUCAAGAGCGGUUUCAUAGCGGAGGCCAGGAUUCGCGAGUGGGAUGGAAAGUACAUUCUUGGCCUUGGUUUGUCCAUCGAUGGCCUCAGUUGCUACAUGUCGUCGCAGAGGCUUACUUUGUAUGAAAAGAAUGAGGAAAAUGAGGAAGGCUAUCGCGAAUAUGGCGAUUGGCUGGACUAUUGCUACGACCUCGGGCUGGAUGCCGAGAAGUUCACCGACCUUGAAGUUCUGCCUUAUUAUGUGUGA